AAUCUCUCUGCGGGGACUGGAGCGAGUCCACGCCCGGGGCCAGCGCUGCAGAGCUGGCUAGCAUUCAACCAGCGCUCCCCAGCUAAAAGCACCCAAAAAAAGCAGCCCCCAAGUUCCUUCUUCAGCCUGGCUGAUUUGCAGGCUCCGGUGGCGCGGUUGGCUGCAGCUGCUGCUUCUCCCCCCCGGUUGCAGACUCGGCUGGUGCCCGGCUGACUCGAGUGAAGCUUGGUUGAUUUAAGGUAGUUUGAGAGGCAGCAGGAGAGACCCAAAAAGGGAUCGCCCUUGGGUCAGACAGGUGGAGAAUGAACGGAGAAGCCGAUUGCCCUACAGACUUGGAAAUGACAGCUCCCAAGAAUCAAGACCGUUGGUCCCAGGAGGACAUGCUGACCCUGCUGGAGAGCAUGAAAGGCAACCUGCCCUCCAACGACGGCAGCAAAUUCAAAACCACUGAGUCCCAUCUGGAUUGGGACAAAGUGGCCUUCAAGGACUUCUCUGGCGAGAUGUGCAAGAUGAAGUGGAUGGAGAUCUCCACCGAGGUGAGGAAAUUCCGAACGCUGACAGAACUGAUCAUGGAUGCUGAGGAACAUGUAAAGAAUCCUUACAAGGGCAAAAAGCUCAAGAAACACCCCGAUUUCCCCAAGAAGCCCCUGACACCCUACUUCCGCUUCUUCAUGGAGAAGCGAGCCAAAUACGCCAAGCUGCACCCUGAAAUGAGCAACCUGGAUCUGACCAAAAUCCUGUCCAAGAAAUACAAGGAGCUCCCCGAAAAGAAAAAGAUGAAAUACAUCCAGGACUUCCAGCGGGAGAAGCAGGAGUUUGAGCGGAACCUGGCAAGAUUCAGGGAAGACCACCCAGAUCUUAUUCAGAACGCUAAGAAGUCGGACGUCCCUGAGAAACCCAAGACCCCCCAACAGCUGUGGUACAAUCACGAGAAGAAAAUCUACCUGAAAGUGCGCCCAGAUGCCACCACGAAGGAGGUGAAGGACGCGCUGGGCAAGCAGUGGUCUCAACUCUCCGACAAAAAGAGGCUGAAAUGGAUUCAUAAGGCCCUGGAACAGCGAAAGGAGUACGAGGAGAUCAUGCGGGAUUACAUCCAGAAGCACCCAGAGAUGAACCUCGAGGAGGGCGUCACGCGCUCCACCCUCACCAAGGCAGAACGCCAGCUCAAGGACAAGUUCGACGGGCGACCCACCAAGCCGCCUCCGAACAGCUACUCUCUGUACUGUGCGGAGCUGAUGGCCAACAUGAAGGACGUCCCCAGCACGGAGCGGAUGGUGCUAUGCAGCCAGCAGUGGAAGCUGCUUUCCCAGAAGGAGAAGGACGCGUACCACAAAAAGUGUGAUCAGAGAAAGAAAGAUUACGAAAUCGAACUCCUUCGCUUCCUGGAGAGCCUGCCCGAGGAGGAACAGCAGAGGGUGCUGGGGGAAGAGAAGAUGCUGGGAGCGAACAAGAAAGGCGCCACCAGCCCAGCUUCCAAAAAGUCAUCGCCAGACACUGGCAAGGCAGGUUCUGAGAAACCCAAACGGCCCAUUUCUGCUAUGUUUAUCUUCUCGGAGGAGAAGCGAAAGCAGCUGCAGGAAGAGCGACCCGAGCUUUCCGAGAGCGAACUGACCCGGCUGCUGGCGCGGAUGUGGAACGACCUUUCAGAGAAGAAAAAGGCCAAGUACAAGGCCCGGGAGGCAGCCAUGAAGGCACAGUCGGAGAAGAAACACGGCUCGGACAAGGAGGAGCGCGCCAAGCUGCCCGAGUCGCCCAAGACGGCCGAGGAGAUCUGGCAGCAGAGCGUCAUCGGAGACUACCUGGCUCGCUUCAAGAACGACCGGGGGAAGGCGCUGAAGGCCAUGGAGGCCACUUGGAACAACAUGGAGAAGAAGGAGAAGCUGAUGUGGAUAAAGAAGGCGGCGGAGGAUCAGAAGCGAUUCGAGAGAGAGCUGAGUGAGAUGCGGUCCCCCCCGUGCUCUGCAAACUCCUCAAAGAAGAUGAAAUUCCAGGGAGAGCCGAAGAAACCCCCCAUGAACGGUUACCAGAAGUUCUCCCAGGAGCUGCUGUCGAACGGCGAGCUCAACCACCUGCCGCUGAAGGAGCGGAUGGUGGAGAUCGGCAGCCGCUGGCAGCGCGUCUCCCAGGGCCAGAAGGACUAUUACAAGAAGAUGGCCGAAGAGCAGCAGAAGCAGUACAAGAUGCACCUGGAAAUCUGGCUCAAGAGCCUGUCGCCGCAGGAGCGAGCUGCCUACAAAGAGCACACCUCAAAUAAGCGCAAGAGCAUGGGGAAGGUCCGGGGGCCGAACCCCAAAAUGAAGCCCGCCAUGCAGAUCAAGUCGGAGUCCGAGGAGGAGGAUGACGACGAUGAUGACGAGGAGGAAGAGGAUGACGAUGACGACGACGACGACAACGGGGACUCGUCCGAGGAAGGCGGGGACUCGUCGGAGUCGAGCAGCGAGGAGGAGAGCGAGGAUGGGGAUGAGAAUGAGGACGAUGACGAAGAGGACGACGACGAAGAGGAAGAUGACAAUGACUCCGAGGGCAGCAGCAGCUCCUCCUCUUCCUCAGGCGAUUCCUCCGACUCGGACUCCAACUGAAAUGCCCACAGCGCCACCUUCUUGCCGGACUUUCAGUAAUCCCCCCCCCCAUCCCCCCCACCCCGACCAGUAAUAUCCCGGCUGGAGAUCUGGGUUGAUGGUUGCAGGGAGGGGGAUGGGAAAAUCACUGUGGCUAAUUUUUUUUCCCCCUCCCUCUUAAAGAAUUUCACACUAAUGGGGUGGGGGGGGGGGCAGCUGAUAAAAGGCUUUGUUUUGUGGGGGGGAAGAAGGGGAUAUUCUGUGUUGUUUUUCCCCAUAGAGUUUGCGUUCAAGCCUUUAUUUUAUUUUUGUUUUUUGGAGAGGGAGGGGGAUUUUUACACCUCAGAGUCCCCGCAGCUGCCCCCACCUUCCCCUUCAACUUCCAGCUACCCCCUCCAGACUUUAUACAAAACCCCCACAAAAAUCCUUUUUAGAACAGCAACAAAACAGCGACAAAAAUGUGGCAAGAGGCGCAGAGUGGUGUUCCGGCGGCGCGCGAGCCGAGUGGCUCAGGACUCAGCCGUCGGGACGAUCUCCCCCUUUGCCUCUCCAGCUGGAGGAGGGGACGGUCUUGUACAGUCUGAAGCUGCACCCAGAGCUCCUGGAGAGCAAAAUCCCACUGCACUUAAGAGCUCCUGGAAUGAACUUACCACGCGGCAUUUCCCUCUGGGGACAGGGGGAGAAUUUUUUGUGUGUGUGUGUUUGGGGCAGGGUGGGGUGGGGGGAGUUUAAAAAGACGUUGCCCAGUUUCGGGGGCGGGAAGGGCUGGCACUGGGUGGGGGAGUUAGGGGGCUGUUACGGAGCAUACCACUGGUUGCAGAUCAUUGCAUCACCCGAAGGAAACGUGGUUGAUCCGUCGUAUUCAACCAGCAUUUGGGCAAAGGCGGUGGCAGGCGGAUCCCAGAUUUGAUUUUUUUUUUUUACAAUGAAGUGACCAAUUGUUGUACUGGAACGGGGCAUUUGUCGACUGGGAUGGGGCCGGGGAUGGGAGCGGGGUUCGGCUGCGAGGAGAGAUCAUCUCUGUCAUCGGUGGUUGUCUUGCUGUUGUAUUAUUAUUUUUGUUUUCUUUUAUAAAGCGAGAAAGAUCCGUCUUUUUAUAAUCAAAAUCUCCGUCUCUGGCUAGCCGCCCGGCUUGGCAUCACACCCCCCCCCCCUGCUCUGUUGCCCACAGCAAACGUGAGAGGUGCCAGUGUCAGGUCGAUGUGCAGAUUGUUGGGGGGGGGGGUGUCUGGAAUAGGGGCAGGAUGGUGCUUGCCAAAGGAACCCAGCUGAGCCAUCCCAUGCUGGAUGCCGGCUGCUUGGGAUAGAGGUGGGGCCACGCCCGCCAGUCUCACAACUCUGGGGCCCAUCUGCGCAAUCUGUUCAGCUGCAGUGUGGCUAUCAGCUCCGAUGAUAUUGCUCAGACUUUUAUUUUGUUUAAAGGAACAUUGGGGAAACUUGAUCCAAAAAACCCAUCCGUAGACCCAAGUGGCUGAGAUCUGAGCUCCCAGGCAGCUGCUCCUUCUAGGAGAGGACUCUCAGCUACGCAUAUAUCUGUAUUCGUAUAUAACGGGCUAUAUAUUAAUAUAUAGACUGGUAUCAAUAUUCCUUUUCCGGUGGAGAGCUGUGACUAGCAUUUCAUCCCCGUCCUUUUCUUAGGAGGGGUUUGAAUGGGUGUGUAAGUGGUUCUGUAAAUAACCCGUCCGUGCAUGUGUCAGCGAAAAGGCCCUGCUGCCUUCCGCCUCCGUUCUCUGGGUCGCUAGCUGUUGCAGAGCAGAGAGUGAUCUCGCUCCCCCACGUCAGUGGGUCCCAGUUCCUUGCACCUUUCCUUUGGGCAGGGCUAGGCUGGGGCCUUUUCACCCAGAGAGCGUGGGAGUAGAAAGUGACUGAGACUGGGGAAGAAAAUUCCAGUGUUUAAAAAAAAAAAAAAAAAAAAAAAGACCCCAACAUUAUUUAAACCCUUUCCCCUCGCCAUGAGGGUGGAUAAAGUUGGGCAGCAGGCUUCCUGGCCAUCUGCUGCCCACCCACACGUGCAAAAUCCACCACUGAUUGGAAGAGGUGGCUCAGUGUCUGGGAUUUUGUUCCUGCCAGGGUUUUGUUAACGGCCAGUGGGAGCCACAGGGGUGAACGCAAGGACAGUGUUUCUGGGACUAGACUCCCCCCUCCGUCUCCCCUUCCCCCUUUAAGCAUUCACAGCACCAGCAGUUUCAUCUCUCAUCUCGCUGAAUUCUGUGCCCCCCCACCCCCCGAUGUAGACUGGGGAGCCUAACUUACUAAGAGACACUUGAGAACAAAACUGGGUCCCCAUUACUCCCCCACACACACACCUUGAAAGCCUGGCCACCCUCUCUUCCCUCCUCUCCUCACCGAACAACUCUCUUUACCACUUCCUCUCCCCAGCACCGGGUAGGGCAACAGUGACAGUAUUGAGCAGUAAUGGAUCCAAGCAGCGGGUCAGCGUGUUGCUGGAGUUUUUUUUCCCCUCGCCAAGGGCACGCUCUCCCCCAUCCCAGAGCUGACGCACCACCUGCUCCCGAAGCUCCGGUGAGCGCGAAAAGCAGGGAGGCUUGGAACAGGAAUUCUGGGCUUUUUCGCUUCCUUUCCUGUUUGUAUGUUUCAAGGAUUUAGGCAGCCCCCCCCCCCCCCCCCCCUUGUUUUGUAUUUGGCACAGCCAACUCCCGUCAGAGUAUUAGGGAGUCCCUUCUCCUCUGGUCAUAGUCUGAAUCGGGGGGGGCGGGGCGGGGGAACGAAUGUGAUUUUGUUUUUGUUUUUUGUAGAGAAAAUUAAAGGCAGCCUUAGGGGGUGAAGCUUCCAGCGGGGGGGGUGGGGGGGAGGAUCGUGGCAGGCAGGGGGUACGGAUUUUAGCAGCGCGUGUUGGGAGGGGUGUCUAGUCGCUGGGGGAGAGUUGGAGCAGAUUUGGGGGGGCUGGUUGGGGUUGCUGCUCCUUGGGCUGUACUCACAUGACUUAUCCCCCCCACUUUCCAUUGCAGCCCCCUGCCUCUCCCAGGUGAGCUUGGGGGUGGGCUGAGCCCCCUCUUGGUUGACUUUAGGCCUGUCUGUCCCCCUCUUGUCCCCCAAGGGGCUCUCAAAUAUACUGGGCUCUAGGAUUUGGACUCCACAAUGGGUCAGGGUGGAGAUGCUGUGCUGGGGACGCCAGACCUAACCGCCCCCCACGUCCUUCCAAGAGAGGGCAGCUGCCGUGGGUUGUUUGUGUCGAAUCAGGUCUCUCCUGGGGGGGGCUUUAUAUGGAAAUGGGGACAAAACGCCCAGCAUGGGUAUGAUCAACUGAGUCACGGCAUAGGAAGGGGCACGUGGCCACCCUAGGUGGGUCUGCGCCCAAAAGAAGCGCCGCGCCUCCCCCCCCCCUUUCCUGCUAGGCAUUCAACACAGACUAUGCUCACAGCAAGAUCGUGCCCAGGUAUGGACUGGAGGAUCGGGCCCAGUAUAUUUAACACUUCCUUUUUACAAUGCUAGGGUGUGUUUGAACUGAGUAGUUCUCCAGUCCCUGCCCAGGUUCCUUGUUUGAAUUUUCUCAUCGGCCCCAAUUCAGGAAAGCACAUGUUUAAUUUCAAUGGGAUUUAAGCAGAUGCUUUUCUGAAUUGGAGCCAGAGGGUUGCUGGGAUUUAAAGAUCCCCAUUUCUAGCCGGUUGCGACUCCACAAAUUGCAGUGGGCUUCCCCAUCUGAGCUGAAACAGUCCUGGGGCUUCCAAGUCCCAAGGGGAAGCCAUGCGAUUGACUUGAGUAGGGUAAGGGAGAUAUCUUGGAGGGGUGUCCUUGCUGGGGUGUGUCAUUCAGCCCGCUCACAGGAUGCCCCCCCCCAAAGAGUAACAGACAAUCCUUGUAGAUCUAGCAAAGGGACUCAAGUGCUGAUGAAAAUGUAUGGUUCUUCACCCCCUCUUCCUGCCCCUCCUCCCCUCUCACUGGGUGUGUUCUGAUGUAACAAGCCCAUGAUGUCUCUUGCCCCACACCUCCUGCCUGCUGUUUUGUAUCCGUCUGUCUGUCCUUGUCCCUGUUUCCCGACCCUCCUCCCCCACUCGAUCCUUUUUGUUUGUUUUUGUUUUUGUUUUCUUUUUCCCCCAGUGGGGAAACCGAUUUCAUUUUGCUGAUUGUACCCAGCGCUGUUGUAUUUUAGUGGAUGUGUUUUUUAGUACAAAAAAAAAAAAUUACAAAAAAAAUUUUUUUCUGUUUAAAAAAAAAAAAGAAAAAUUCUUACAGUACUGACAGUUUUUGUUUUUUUUUAAAGUUACAGGGGAGGAAAAAAUGGUUUGUACUGUAAGAGAAUUGAAGCUGAGUGCAUUUUUGCACUGCCACAAAAACCAGUGAUACUUUAGACGGACGUUCUUGUGAAUUACAAAAA